CUAAGAACACAAUAACUUAGGUCAGUGACUAAUUAUCACUAAUACUCAAUGCGCCAAUCUUGACUAAGAAGCGUUAGUCUUCAACAGAGACCCAUUGAGCUGAAAUGAUUAAGAUUGUCCCUACGCACGACCCGUAUUCUAAAUCUCGGAAGUGCGGUUGUUUACGGAAUCAAGAGGAAAUGCGAUAGCUCAACGGAAAACAAUUUGUGACGUUAGAUUACAACCAAACCACUGGGUUACUUGUGCUACAGAACCCAUCUUGCACUAAGCCUAAACUCCGUGUACGUUAAAUGUGUCAACGUACGUUGACGUACGUUAAGUGUGUCUUCGAUAACUGCUUUUCAGAUGGUGGUCGUAAUCAAAACUAGUGCAGCAGGCUAGUUAGCUAACACUAACGUUACAAACGACGCUGCAGUUUGUUCAACAUUAGGUUUGGUGUGAUGGAAAUAACUAAACGGUAAAUGUGGACCAAGAAAUAUAGGUCUACAGCUUGUUAAGCACUGAGAGCCGAGUUUAAGACACUGGCGUAUUCACUCUAAAGAGACAGACGUUGGCUGUAGCCCACAUACGGCACUCCAAGAAAGGCUUUAAAGUGCCGGUCGAAAGCUGCCGUCUCUUUAGUUCACUGGAAAUAAACGUCUGUCCAGAGUUAUCGCACAUUAUUGACAUAAUGGCCGAGACCAUAGUAACGUUUCAGUCCCAACUUUCUGGUGUAAUGGAAACGGUAUUCAAAGCUGCCAUGUAUGAGAUCACUCGGCUGGUGGAGGAUAGUUUUUUGGAAGAGGUGACACGGUGCAGGGAGCAGGUCGAGUCCCUGAAGAGGCGACUGAAGUGGUCGGAGGGUCGACGCAAGGAACGAGAAGGAGACAGGAGGGGGAGGUGCACUGAAUGCGGGAGAGCCGGGGUGUCCGGUGAGGAGAAAGCUAGAUCUGCAGAAAAAAAUCUGAAACAAGAGAGUGUGCUGCAAGAAGAGGUAAAUAGCUUCCAGGGCACUGACGAAGAGGCACCUGAUCAUGAAGAGGAAGAGGCAAAACCAGAGGCCCACAGUACCACAAGGGCAACACAGUUUCCAGGUGUACAGGGUGAAAAGUUGGAUAGACUGCUCAAGGACGAAGCCCUUCGCAUCACGCCAGAAACCAAUGAGUCCCAAGAGAGAUGGGACGUCAAUUUGGAUGAAACAUCUGGUCUGCCGGGGCCCAGUAAACGUUUCACAGACCAGAAGAUCCCAAAGGGUGAUGUGAACUGGGAAGCUGGCUUUGACCAGAGGCCAGAAUCAGGCCAACACGGACACUCAGGUGACCCAUCUGAACAGCUUUUCCAGAACAGGUAUGGCAUGGAAGACUUGGGUGGUUUUGACAAGACUGGCUAUGGCGAUGCCAGCAUGAUCGAAAUGGGUAACUUAGAUGGCUUACAAGGAUCACCAUCCCACCUGGGUGAGGAUCUGAGUUACAUGGGGCACUACGAGGGCGAUGUUGAAGCACCUGAAGGAGCUGAGCAUCAAACGUACCAAACAGGUGCCCCACGGAACAGGAGGGGUACGGUCGGUUCACCUGCAGGCUCACCCUCAAGGACUAACAUUGACGUAAGUGGUGAGUUCAGCUGUUUAUUGAUUAAUGAGGAAGGGUAUCUACAGGACCAGAGUAUCUUGUACCCUGAACAGGUUUCUGGUGACUCAGGAGGGAGAUUGAGUUUUCGGGGCCAGGGCAUUCGACUUGAACCAUCUUUAGACAGCACAGAGGAUAUGUAUGAGGCCUCAGGUACAUAUAGUGAUACCUUAAAUCUGGGAGAGAGGUUGCAGCAUCAGGCAGCAGGGAGAGGAGGGAGGAGACACACUUGUAACCAGUGCUCCAUGUCAUUCCCUGAUUCUGCCUCUCUCAAAGCUCAUAAGCAGACACAUAAAGGCACCGGACAAGGGCCACCAUACACCUGUACCCAGUGUGGAAAGAGCUUCACUCAAGCGUGUAACCUCAAAGUCCACCAGAGGAUUCACUCUGGGCAGGGGCUCCACCUCUGCAGCCAUUGUGGAAAAGGUUUCCCUUCUUUCUCCGAUCUAAAGACACAUAAAUGUGGCCAAACAGGUGACAAACCUUACUGCUGCACUGUAUGUGGGAACAAGUUCAGCCGCCUCUGGAAUCUGAAGUUGCACCGGAGAAUUCACACACAGGAAAAACCUCAUCGGUGCACCAUGUGUGAUAAGAGCUUCACACGAGCGGACAUAUUGAAGGUUCACCAGCGUACUCACACAGGGGAAAGACCAUACUGCUGCGCUGUCUGUGGCCUCAGCUUCAAACGCCUGGAUCAUCUGAAAUCACACCAGCGCAAACACAUGACAGACCUAUAAAGCUAGAGACGUUUGGGGAAAGUAUCAGAUCAUUAAAGAUUGUUUGUGGUAUGGAAGGUUGUUAAAUGAAUAUUUUUAUUUGUGAGUCAUGGUUGUUUUCCCAUCAACAUUAAAACAACCCAAAGUCAUGUUGUCCGGUCAGAUCUUUUUUUUUCUUCUUUUCAGGUCCAUGUCCAUACCAGCUUUUUUGUUGGUAUGAAUAAUAUAAAACAAAAAUAACAUCAAAUACCCAUUUAUUGCUGCAUAUUUUGUUACUGAAAAUUGACUCAAUUUAAGAAAAAUUGGCUAAAACAGAGUAACAUCAUCCUUGUGAUUACAUUACAGAUUCAAAAUGAAACUCAAAAUGAGCCACAGCUGGAUUCUUUUUUCAUUUUCAUUUCUCUCUACCAUGUCUGUAAAUGUUUUCUGUAAAUAAAACGAAUG